GCUUGGAUAGCAGUUCAUUCGUUUUCUUCCUGCAGGUCAAUUCAUUCAUUUAUUCAUUCAAUCCCUCUCUUACCUUCAUUUUUUUCCCGUCCUUCCUUUCUACCACUCCUCUCUUUUUUCCACAAAAAUGAAGUCCUCUACUUUCGGUAUGCUCGCUCUGGCAGCAGCAGCAAAGAUGGUCGAUGCCCACGCCACCCUCUUCGCCUCUCCCCCCAGCAACAGCCCCGUCAAGGACGUGACCUCGACCGACAUCACCUGCAACGUCAACGGCGACCAGGCGACGGCCAAGACGCUGUCCGUCAAGGGAGGCGACAAGGUGACCUUUGAGUGGCACCACAGCAGCCGCGACUCGUCGGACGACAUCAUCGACUCCACGCACAAGGGCCCCGUCAUGGUGUACAUGGCGCCGACUGACGCGGGCAGCAGCGGCAAGAACUGGGUCAAGAUCGCCGAGUAUGGCUACCCGGACGGCACCUGGGCGGUUGAUACCCUGAUCGCCAACCGCGGCAAGCACAGCAUCACCGUCCCCGACGUCCCCGCCGGCGACUACCUCUUCCGCCCGGCGAUCAUCGCCCUCCACGAGGGCGAGAACCAGGGAGGCGCCCAGUUCUACAUGGAGUGCGUCCAGUUCAAGGUCACCUCCGACGGGGCCAACACCCUCCCCGAGGGCGUCAGCCUGCCGGGUGCCUACUCCGCCACCGACCCCGGGAUCCUCUUCAACUUGUACACCUCCUUCGACAGCUAUCCCAUCCCCGGUCCCUCCGUCUGGGAUGGCUCCGGCUCCGGCUCAUCCUCCUCCGGCUCGUCCUCCACCGCCGCUGCUGUGGCCUCCACUUCCUCUUCCGUCUCCCUCGAGGCUGUGACCACCAAGGCCGCCGUGGCCGCCCCCGCCUCCACCACCACCACCGCCGUCGCCUCGACCAAGAAGUCCAAGGCCACUACCUGCCGCAGCAAGUCCUCCGCUAAGUCCUCCGCCGCGUCUACUGCUGCUGCUGUGGAGACCACCGCCGCUGUCGCUCCCGCUGCCUCCUCCUCCUCUUCUUCCUCUGGCAUCGCCGGCAAGUACCAGCGCUGCGGUGGCCUGAACUGGACCGGCGCCACCACCUGUGUCGAGGGCUGGACCUGCAAGCAGUGGAACCCCUACUACUACCAGUGCGUGGAGUCUGCUUAGAUCCCCUUCUCUGGACGGGUUCAUUCAGACAAUAGGAAACGGUGAUGGGUUACUAGCUGGGGCUAGUGUCGUUGGUUAGUUACCUCGCUGUGGGGGUGGAUGUGAGUGCUCGGGUUGUGGUGUUCGAUCCGGUGUGGAAUAUCUUAGUAGUAAUAGAGAAUCCAAGUUCUGGUUGACAAGGCACAUACAUGUGCGUAGAGUUGUGUAGAUGAUCUCAGAGUUUGAUUGUAGGUAGGAAG